CUGAGGGUGGGUGGUUAUCUGUGGUAGGUUAUCUGAUGGUGUUAGGGCCAAGGUGUCAAAUUCCACUAUCAUUGGUGGUACAAGACUUCAGGUGGCCAGGCGGGCCGCCCGGGCCGGGCUAAGCCACCGGGAUCAAAUCCCAUAACGUCUGAGCAUUGUGGUCUCGGUGGGCGACCCGCCCUCAGCCAAGACGAGCCACACGAGUAAACCCCAUGACAUAUGAGCAUUGGUGGUCUUGGUGGGCGAGUCGCCCUCAGGCAGUGUGAAUUUUUGAAUCUGGAACGAGAAGUUAUAUGGGACGGAGGAAACGUUAAAACGAGUAGUGAUCAUUUUUCAUUCUAUUCUAAUUGUCUUACCAGGAGCACCAUCAAUCAACUAUUCUCCUACGUUAGGUAACAACAAUUUUAACGCUUUUUUGGCAACAGUUAGUACCAGGUGCACCGAUAAAGGAAUUUUCUGUACAAGUUUAACGGUUUUUCAGUUACUCGGAAUGUUUUGCCAAUUGUGUGGGAACAGUGCCACUUGUAAGCAGGAAGGAUUGAACCUGAUUUGUCAGACUUGCAAGAAAACCCAAAUGUGUUCCAUCAAUCUUGAACAGAUGUUGGUUACUCUUGGAAGAUGUCACGGCUGUCGGAACAUUACCAUUGAUUGUGUGCUAUUCUGCCCAUCAUGUGGCAUAAAUCAAGAGUCUGCGAUCGCGAUCGAGAAGCUCGCAAUGGAUCGAAACUUAGAAGUUGCAAAAUUACGAGAAAAAAACCGAGAAUUGGCGAAAGCAUUGAACAAACACAAUACGGGAGAUUCUCAAUGUGGAACAUGUAAGAAGGCGAAACAGGAGAAGGAAUUUGAUGACGAUGCCGACAAGGAUUUAAGUUUGAUGGGAGACUCAAUCCUAAGCGCUGACAGUUAUAGAUCUGAGACUGAUCUGAUCAAAGAGCAAGCAGAUGACGGUGCGGGUGCAACAAAUUUAAUUAAUGAGUAAAACAAUUCCUGUGUGCUGUUGAGAUUUUUGUAUUUAUCUAAUGUUGAUAAUUCAUUAACUAAUUUACUUUAAUAAACCUGAUUUUGUUUCUAAAAUAUAAUAUGGCUGUUUCAUCGUACACACUUUUCACCCGUUGAUGACAAACAUUAUAUAAUUUAAGUUUGCAUAUAUUUAGUGAAAUGAAUCUAAUAACACUGUUUAG